UCCUUUCCCAGAAGUGUGGCGGCUGCGGGCUCCCGGUCCCAGAGGGCACGGACCCCAGAAGCAUCGCUUCCUCUCCCUCUGCAGGUCCUCCCGGCCCGGUCCCAACAUGCUGGACGGCCUGAAGAUGGAGGAGAACUUCCAGAGCGCCAUCGAGACUUCGGCGUCCUUCUCCUCGCUGCUGGGCAGAGCGGUGAGCCCCAAGUCUGUCUGCGAGGGCUGUCAACGGGUCAUCUCGGACAGGUUUCUGCUGCGGCUCAACGACAGCUUCUGGCAUGAGCAGUGCGUGCAGUGCGCCUCCUGCAAAGAGCCCCUGGAGACCACCUGCUUCUACCGGGACAAGAAGCUCUACUGCAAGUACGACUACGAGAAGCUGUUUGCAGUCAAAUGUGGGGGCUGCUUCGAGGCAAUCGCACCCAAUGAGUUCGUCAUGCGGGCCCAGAAGAGCGUGUACCACCUGAGCUGUUUCUGCUGUUGUGUCUGUGAGCGGCAGCUGCAGAAGGGCGACGAGUUUGUCCUGAAGGAGGGGCAGCUGCUCUGCAAAGGGGACUAUGAGAAGGAGCGGGAGCUACUCAGCCUGGUGAGUCCGGCAGCGUCAGACUCAGGCAAAAGCGAUGAUGAAGAAAGUCUUUGCAAGUCAGCCCACGGGGCAGGGAAAGGAGCUGCCGAAGACGGCAAAGACCAUAAGCGCCCCAAACGUCCCAGAACCAUCUUGACGACCCAACAGAGGAGAGCAUUCAAGGCCUCAUUCGAAGUGUCCUCCAAGCCUUGCAGGAAGGUGAGGGAGACCCUGGCUGCAGAGACAGGGCUGAGCGUCCGUGUCGUCCAGGUGUGGUUCCAGAACCAGAGAGCAAAGAUGAAGAAGCUGGCCCGGAGGCAGCAGCAGCAGCAACAGGACCAGCAGAACACCCAGAGGCUGAGCUCCGCUCAGACCAACGGCAGCGGGAAUGCUGGGAUGGAAGGAAUCAUGAACCCCUACACGGCUCUGCCCACCCCACAGCAGCUCCUGGCCAUUGAGCAGAGUGUCUACAGCUCAGACCCCUUCCGACAGGGCCUCACCCCUCCCCAGAUGCCGGGGGACCACAUGCACCCGUACGGUGCCGAACCCCUCUUCCACGACCUGGAUAGUGACGACACCUCCCUCAGCAACCUGGGUGACUGUUUCCUAGCGACCUCAGAAGCCGGGCCCCUGCAGUCCCGAGUGGGAAACCCCAUCGACCACCUGUACUCCAUGCAGAAUUCUUACUUUACCUCUUGAGUCUUCCCCUCGAGUUCUGUGGCUGGGCUCCCACCCAGAACAACCGUAGGCCGCGAGGGGUCGGCCGGCGUUAGGAUGGGGAGGCCAGGAAAGAGGUGGGCUGGGGAGGGAGUUUUGUCGGGGAUGCUGUUAUAUUACGACCUGAUGUAGCUCGGCAUUUCCAAAGACUGAACACGUAACGGAUCGCAUAGUUUCACGUUUCUGAUAAGUCUUAGCUUUAGGUGUGAAGAUGUGUUUAUCUCUAAGGACAGGGACUUUUAAUAUAGACAUUCUUAUGCAAACUAUAGGUAUCUAGAGACUCCUAACAACUUCCCGCUCUUUUGGGGAAGCUUUUGUCAAGAGGUGCAUAUGUCUACGCAUCCAUAUACCCAUAGACGGACAGACAGACAGACAGAUAGAUGUGUGUGCGUGUGUAAGCUUCCAUGCUUUAUCAUCAGAGUUUAUUCCUAAUUAUAACAGACACCAACUGUACAGCAAAAGUAACUUUAUUUUCAGUGUGAACUAUAUUUAAGGAAAUGCUUGAUGCACUUAAGUUAUAAAAUGAGAUAAUUUACUUUUAUAAACUUUAUUUUUCGUUUGAAGAGACUUGUCGGCAGGGCAGAGAGGGCCGCUCCGCCUGAGCCCGGGGCGUCGAGUGCUGGAGCGAGUUCUCUUUUCAAGAGUGUCGUCGAGGUUCUUGCUCUCUUGGGGGUUGAAUCAUGGGGCUUGGAGGGGACAGAAAAGUCCCCGAGUGUGUUCUUAGAAAGGGUAAAGCCUAGACUCUUCAGCUUUCUUUUCAGUUCUGACGUGUAGUUGUGGGCAGCAGUAGGAAGGUCAGUUUUGCUCUUGAACUUCAGCAACGGCAGGUGUGGGAUGAGGUGACACUAUGUACCUACCUCACUGGGGGACGCCGAGGCUUCAUUCACCCCCCAGGACCCGUGAGCAGGGCUGGAACGAAUAGCUGGUAUUUGUCUAAAAUACCGGACCAGCCACUUGGCAAAAGAGGCUCCCGGAGGGGGAGACGGUUGGCACCCUGCGCCCUGAGGGCCACUCUGCCCGCCGAGGUCCCUGAUGCAGAGCCUCGGCUGGGAAGGCCCGCUCAGGGCCUCUCGGGGCUGGAGUCCUGCGCUGGGGAGAAGGCCGUCGUUGAGGGGAUGGAAGAGAGGGCAUCGUGGUGUUCUAGACCAGGGGUCGGCCAACCACGGCCCUCAGGCUGUGUUUUAUGGCCUGCCAGCUACAAAUUUUGUUUUCUUUCUUUCUUUUUUUUUUUUUUUUUUUUUUUACAUUUUUAAAGGGUUGUUUAAAAAAAAAAAAAAAAGGACUAUGGGACAGAGCGUAUGUGCCCCGAAAGCCUGAAAUAUUGACUACCUGUGCUGUCUGGCUCUUUUCAUAAGAUGUCGGCUGGCCCCCGUUCUAGAAAAUCUAUUUCUAAACAGCCUUCUGGAGCUCAGAGAGGCGGCAGGGAUCCAGGCGGAAACCCGGGCUGCUUCCUUCUGUCCCGCUGUUGGGACUUGGAGCCAGAAGGGCCGGCUGCCAUCGAACGCGGGAGUCUGCACCCUGCCCUCCACUCGUGGUGCUAGGACCAGCUACUUCUGGGCUAGGAGGCCUCCUGGGAAAGCAGACGGGUCUCAGGGGGAAGCCGGGGGGUCCGAUUGGAACCCUCUGAGAGGGGCCAGUCCAGGCUUGGCCUCACUGCCGAGGACGUCCAGGGCCUUCGACCCUUGUCCCUUCACUCUCUGCAAAGGGGACGUGAUCCCUUAUGGUAGAGUCUGUGCUGUGUGAUUUUUGUGCUCAUGUUUAUAAUUUAUGUAAACCACCCAGAAGCCCAAGCCAGUCUGGGAAGUGGAAAUCGUGCAGAUGCUGUGGGACUCCGUGGGCUUCUGUGGCAGAGAGCUGGAGAACGUAGCAGAAACUGUGUGAGUGAAAACAAAUAGAGAUCCUUCCUCCACGCGUAAUGGCAUACCGAGAUGAAAUUAAAAACCUCUUACACAUGA